CCGGCGUUGGAGCGGCCGCUCCUCUUUUUGAAAUAUUAACAAUUCAGUUUCUGCAAAUUCCCGGAAAUAGUAUGAGCAUAGUGUUUCAAGCGACUUUGCCAUGCACCAAUAAUGAGUUGGCACGUGGCGAUGAACGGGCGCUUAGCACCCCGCGCAUUUGCUAUGCCUUGUCUUCAGGUACACAGCCAAAGUGCUGAGCCGCUGUCGACACUGCGGCGCAUCGGGUUUGACAUGGCAUGGGGUCUGAUAGAUAAAUGCCCGACUCCAAGAUGUUUGAUGGCAAUACUCACAGUUCCGCGGCAACAUGUCCCAAAACUCUUCGGAGGAGUCGACGGGGUCUUCUCAACUCGGACCGUAUCGUCCAUACAAGCAUCGCCUGAAAAGACCGGGCCAGAUAUUUUGGAUUCCCCGAAAGGAGAAUGCUGGAGGCGAUCUUGGGCUCAGUGACUCUGCGCACAACCACCCGUGCGUAGUUCUGUCAGAUGUGCGGCAUAAUGGCAAGCACGCCAUACUGAUAAUGACUUCACUUGGCGGUGAUAAGCUAGUUGACCGAAAGAUCUCUCCGAUGAUCAGAGAGAAAAUCCUUCCCGUCAGCCCUACAGAACCGCAUCCCGAUCACGGAAUGCUCUUACAUUUGCGAAACAAGAAGGGAGAGCACAAAAAUUCCUAUGUGAACGCCAACACACUGUUCCACGUUGAUUUCAAUUACCUUAUUGGGAAUCUCAACGGGCAUCAAUUCUUCUCAGACGAAUCCUUGCGAGACCUCAUCGAUAAGUCAGGCUUCACGCUUCAGCCGCCAGAUCCGGGAAAUGAUCUUUCUAUAACGCUUGUUCUGCAAAGGCCCUUCCCGUCGACAUAUACCUUGGAGAAUUUAAAGUCGUCGAGGCAUUCUGAGAUGAGUCGUGCACCUGAAUACAUGCUACAAUUGUUGACAGAGAGUGGCGUACUCAAAGGACUUGUUCCAGAGGAAACCAUGGCGCGGAUCCGAAAGCGCCAAUAUCCUGAAGCGCCAUCAUUACAGAAUCCGGAUUCACUGUCAUCGACGUCACGAGAAGCCGAAGCAGAACUCGUGCCGCCUUUUCCACUUCAGCACGCGGCGAGUCCUGUGCCACUCGAGGCCCGGGCUCAAUUCCCUUCGUAUAGCUACGCAUCGAAUGUCGGACUGCCAUCGUCAGUUGCAACACAGCAUAUCUCCACUUCGGAAAACAGUCUCGAAACAACCCCACUUCUGCCGGUCACAAAUCCGUGUUUGCAAAGUCGAGAUGGCAACAAUGGAGAUACUCCGUACGAAAGCGCAAACUCGUCCCGCACACCUGAUUGGAGAAGAAGAAUAGUCACUUGUGUCGUUCUGGGCGUUUUCGUCGGUAUCGUCUACUUCGGGACGAGAAUGCAUUCGUCCUGAGCGCUUUGCCAUGACAGAUUGGGCUCGCGGGGUCCCGAAUUCGACGGCAUCAAGGUUUUUGGCCAUGGCUAGUUGUAGCAAUUUUAUGUUUCCUUGGUUUUAUUGCUGCCUUAUCAGGUCAUGUCGUCAAGUUUGCACGACAUAUCAUGCAGAAUCGCAAUCUUAAUGCUUGCAUAAUUCGUCAAACCGAUCUUUUUAAUUCUUCAGUCGAAACGAGAAUCAUCAUAAACGCAAUGAUCGAGAGCAUGUGGUUCCAGGAUCGGUGAAUUCUCUGGCUUAUCGCUUCACAGGAUUCACGUGUUGAGAGUACACGUGAAUUACUUUGGGGCGGCCUCUGGCACUCGGCGG